GCCGACAUCCGAGAGCCUAAUGCUGAAGUGAAAAAACGGAUACAAGAACAAAAUCCACAUUCAGCGGAGCCAAGCGCGUGAAAAUUCGUCGAGAUUCCCAUCCCAUUUCUCAUUCUCCAACUAUCUAUCUUUUGGCACAGAAGCGGAAAACCAAAUCCGGAAAAUAGGAAUGGCAAGGCCGGCCCAGAGCCAAAACGACAGCAAGAUUGGAAACUUCUUCUUGGCCACUCUGCUGCUGUGGUCAGUUUCAAUCGGGUUCGAGAUUCUCUUCCACCACCGCACCGAGCUCCUCGUCGUCCUCGCCGGCGCCGCCUUCUUCCAAAUCGCCAACUUCGCCAUUCGAUCUCUCGUCUCCCGCGACCCGCUCUUCGUCAACACCUCCGUCUCGCUCCUCCACUCUUCCAUCACUUCCUCCGCAGUGCUGUUGAUAUUGGCGAAUCAAAUUUUGCGUACGGGCACAAAUGGGAUAUUCGAGCACUCAGAACUGGUUGGAAGUGCAUGGGAGUGGGCGUACCCUGCGUUGUGUUUCUCCAGUGGUUACUUCGCAUAUGAUCAGUUGGAUAUGCUGAUUUACCGACUCUACAGUGGUGCCUUUCCUUCCAUCCUGGUGCACCACCUGGUCCUUCUGAUCUGCUUCACCCUUGCUCUGUAUCGAAAUGUUACAAUCAACUAUCUCAUUCUCACCCUAAUCUGUGAGCUGCACUCCAUCUUCCUUCACGUUAGGAAAGUGAGGCGGAUGGCUGGCAUUCGUGACGCUAAGAGCGUGAUCGUGAAGGUGGAAUGGAUGCUCAACUGGCUGACAUUCACCGUCGCGAGAGUGGUGCCUCACAUUCUCAUAACCAUGAAGCUGAUCAAAGAUGCUCCCAAGUUCGGAAAGGGUGUGGAGUGGCCUCUUGCAUUGUUUGGGAUGGCCGGAAUGAACAUACUGAAUGCUGGCCUCGGCAUCGAUCUCGUCCAUGCUUUCAGGAGAGAACGAAAUCCCCGCACAAGUAGUAGUCGCAACCACCAGGAAUGAUGAUGAUACAGAUCUCCAGUGGCAAACUGCGCGAACUUUGUGCUGCACGCCCAAGUUCUUUAGAUUCUUGUGUUUUUCCCUUUGUGGUUAUUAUUCUUUUCUUCUUCUUUCUCGUAUAAUUUAUAUGUAUCUAUAUAGGGUGAGAUAUCAGAAUAACACUAUAACUUGUUAUUAUGAUGCUAAUACAAAUAGGAUCUUUUAAAUUUUUAACGUAUUAUGUAUCUUUCAUUUCAGCUUUGCUGUUCCUGUCACUUCGAGGAGUAGGAGGAUUGAACUGAUAAUUAGAAAGAGCUCAGUUAGACA